CUUUGUUUCAUUCUGUCCUUGAAAGAUGAGGGACGGGAUUCUGGAUCCUUUUGGCGCUGUCAGUUCAACUUUAGCGGUCUUCCCACAGCGGUGGUAGCCACUAAAAAGGCCACAACUUCUUCUCGUGCCAGGCGAAUCACUGACGUCAGCCGCUAUUGACUUCAUCCAACUCGGGCCAACCGAACAAACCAUUUCUGGAGAGCCUCAACCUCUUCUGGAGAAGCAUUUCUGCCCUCGGACCAACAGGCGCAGAUUUGCCCCUCUUCUCUUCCCGUCCCGCGAUCUUGACAGUCACGGACGUUGCGAUCAUGGCGACGAGCUUGCGGAGGCGGAUCCCGCCAGAGUCCAGCUCGGCCGACGCCGUCGCGGACUCUGACAAGCAGCAUGGCAACCGUCCGUCGACGCCGCCGCCUCGCGUCCAUGUCGUUGAACGGCUGCCCAAGGCGCGGAAGCGUCGCAACACCUUCAUCUUCCUGCUCGGCGGGCUCUGCGGCCUCAUUGCGGCGGGCUUCUUCGCAAAGACGAAUGAUCUGAUCGACUUGCCCGAGCUGACGGAGAUCAACAUGGACAGCUUGCUCGAUGUCAUCCCAGCUGGCCUGGUCAGGGACAUGCGCGAUCUCGUCCAAGGCGAGCGCGACGCCACCUCGUAUGAUUCCUUUUCGGUCGGCCUCAAGGCUAGGGCCGAGGGCCUGGAUGCGCACCAUCCCAUGAUCAUGAUACCCGGCGUCAUCUCUACCGGCCUGGAGUCCUGGGGCACAGCCAACGUCUCGAGGGCCUAUUUCCGAAAGAGACUGUGGGGGAGCUGGACAAUGAUGAGAGCUUUGGUCCUUGACAAGGAGGUUUGGAAGAAGCACAUCAUGUUGGACCAGCGAACGGGACUCGACCCGCCCCAUGUGAAGCUCCGUGCCGCCCAGGGCUUUGACGCAACCGACUUCUUCAUCACGGGUUAUUGGAUAUGGAGCAAAAUCUUUGAGAAUCUGGCCACCAUUGGCUACGAUCCCACAAAUUCGUUCACGGCCGCAUACGACUGGAGACUCUCAUAUGCCAAUCUCGAGGUGAGAGAUCGAUACUUUUCGAGGCUCAAGUCGUACAUUGAGACCGCAGUCGCAUUCGAGGGCAGAAAAGUUGUCCUUGCCUCGCACAGCAUGGGCAGCCAGGUCAUUUUCUACUUCUACCACUGGGUCGAGUCUGACCUGGGCGGCCGCGGCGGAGGGGACUGGGUGGACCGUCACAUCGACUCAUGGAUCAAUAUCAGCGGCUGCAUGUUAGGGGCAGUCAAGGAUUUGACAGCUGUGUUGUCCGGAGAGAUGCGCGAUACAGCCCAACUGAACGCCUUGGCCAUCUAUGGCUUGGAAAAGUUUUUGAGCAAGGAGGAGCGAGCAGAGCUCUUCCGAGCCAUGCCGGGCAUCUCGUCGAUGCUUCCCAUCGGGGGCAAUGCUGUGUGGGGAGACCUGAACGGAGCACCGGAUGACCUGCCUGGCCAAACUUACACGUACGGAUCUCUUUUGAACUUUCGAGUCGGCGCCAACUGGACGACGCCCGACCGGAACUUUACGGUUGACGAUGCCAUGGAGUAUCUGUUCAACACGACGGAGGAUUGGUAUAAAGAUCAGAUCAAGCGCAGCUAUUCCCACGGCGUUGCCCACACCGCGGCAGAGGUCGAGGCGAACGAAAAGAUUCCUAGGAAGUGGAUCAACCCGCUCGAAACCAGACUCCCACGGGCACCGAAUCUCAAGAUCUAUUGCUUCUAUGGUGUUGGCAAACCCACAGAGCGGUCAUACUACUAUCGAGCACCAGACCAGCCGCUCAUGACAAAUCUCAACAUUACCAUUGACACCGGGCUCACCCAAGGCCCGAUCGAUCACGGCGUCAUUCUCGGCGAAGGAGACGGGACUGUGAAUCUCCUGAGCUCGGGAUACAUGUGCAACCGCGGUUGGAACAUGAAGCGAUACAAUCCGGCCGGGGCCAAGAUUACAGUGGUUGAGAUGCCUCACGAGCCGGAUCGAUUUAGCCCACGAGGCGGCCCCAACACGGCUGACCACGUCGACAUCUUGGGCAGGCAGACGCUGAACGAACUGAUCCUGAGGGUUGCUGCCGGCAAGGGCGCCACCAUUACCGAUUAUGUCGUUAGCGACAUCAAGGCCUAUGCCGACAAGGUGAAGAUAUAUGAGGAAGAGGACGGAGCCAAGAAUAUCUGGAGCAAAAUGUUAUAG